CGGUUUACAGACUAUUCGAAGUUGCAGGUCUUCUCACCUCUGUGUGACACUCAGGUGUUGUCGGUGAACAGUUGGUACCUUUCAUCGCUCGGACCGGUCGUGGUGAACAGAAACUGUAAGAGGAGGUGAAGUCAUGUUCCGAAUCAUUCAUCACCAAGGUAAGAGGAUGUACAGUGGUCGCAUGGGCCAGCGUUGCUAUGAGCGGCACAGGGCCAUCAUAGCCAUCCGCCGUGAGGAUGUAAACCCCUGGGAGAGGAGGGCACCGCUGGCCCCGCGCCAUGUCAAAGAGCUCACAAAUGCUGGUGUCAAAGUCCUGGUCCAGCCAUCCAACCGCAGAGCUAUUCAUGAGAAGUACUACAUGAAGGCAGGGGCCAUCGUUCAGGAGGACAUUUCAGAGGCAUCACUGAUAAUUGGAGUAAAGAGGCCGCCAGAGGAGAAGGUCAUUCCUAGGAAGACGUAUGCCUUCUUCUCACACACCAUUAAGGCUCAGGAGGCUAACAUGGGGCUCCUGGAGGACCUGCUGAAAAAGGAGGUCAGGCUCAUCGAUUAUGAGAAGAUGGUGGAUGCUAAUGGGUACCGGAUUGUAGCAUUUGGCCAGUGGGCUGGUGUCGCAGGAAUGAUUAACAUUUUGCAUGGAUUGGGGCUGCGCUUCCUGGCUCUCGGCCACCACACCCCCUUCAUGCACAUCGGCAUGGCUCAUAACUACAGGAAUGUGAGUCAGGCCAUCCAGGCAGUGAGGGAUUGUGGGUAUGAAAUUUCAAUGGGGCUUAUGCCCAAAUCCAUUGGCCCUCUCACAUUUUGCUUCACUGGAACAGGAAACGUCUCCAAGGGAGCCCAAGACAUCAUCAAUGAGCUUCCUGUUGAAUAUGUUGAACCUCACGAGUUGAAGGACGUCUCUGAAACAGGAGAUAUGACCAAAGUGUACGCCACUGUUCUUAGCCGACACCACCACUUGGUGAGAAAGAGUGAUGGCAUCUAUGACCCCAUGGAGUAUGAGAACCAUCCAGAACUGUACACCUCCCACUUCAGGACCAGCGUAGCACCCUACACAACCUGUCUGAUUAACGGUAUUUACUGGGACCCCAACACCCCUCGACUCCUGAGACGACUGGAUGCUCAGAUGCUCAUGAGACCACGCAAAUCCUCAUCUGCUGACGAGGGAUCACCAGAGCUUCCUCACAAGUUGCUGGCCAUCUGCGACAUAUCUGCCGACACUGGAGGCUCUAUAGAGUUCAUGAAUGAGUGCACCACCAUUGAUAAACCUUUCUGCAUGUACGACGCUGACCAGCAUAUUGAUCAUAAUAGUGUUGAGGGAAACGGGAUUCUCAUGUGCUCCAUUGACAACCUUCCUGCUCAGCUCCCAAUCGAAGCCACAGAGUACUUUGGAGACCGGCUCUUCCCCUACAUCUGGGAAAUGCUACCUUCAGAUGCCAUGAGACCAAUGGACGAAGAGGAGUUCAGCCCACAAGUCAGAGAUGCUGUCAUCACCUCUAAUGGAAAACUUACCCCAAAAUUUGAAUACAUUGAAAAACUUCGAGAAAGAAGAGAGAAAGCUCAGAUCAUGAAGAAGGCUGGCAUGAAGCGAGUUCUGCUGUUGGGUUCAGGAUAUGUUACUGGACCUGUUGUGGAGUAUCUGACCCGUGAUCAAGGGACACAGGUCACAGUUGCAUCAAUUCUGCUGAACCAGGCAGAGGACCUAGCGGCCAAAUACCCCAACACCAUCCCUGUUGUGCUGGACGCUAGCAUCCAGGAAGGACACUUAGACUCUCUGGUCAGAGAUCAUGACUUGGUCAUCAGCAUGCUGCCUUACUCGUUCCAUCCACUCAUCGCCAAACACUGUAUAAAGAGGAGGGUGAACAUGGUGACUGCGAGCUACCUUAGUCCUGCCAUGAAGGCGCUGCAGAGCUGUGCCAAGGAAGCAGGCAUCACUAUUGUGAAUGAGAUGGGCCUGGACCCGGGCAUCGACCACAUGUUGGCCAUGGAUUGUAUCAACCAGGCCAAAGCUGAUGGCUGCACUGUGGAGUCAUACAGCUCGUUCUGUGGUGGUCUUCCUGCUCCUGAGUGUUCAGAUAAUCCUCUUCGUUACAAGUUCAGCUGGAGCCCAUAUGGCGUCCUUCUCAACACCAUCAGUCCUGCUAUCUUCCUCAAAGACAACCAGGUGGUGAGUGUCCCAGCUGGCGGCUCUCUGAUGGAUUCCACCAUGCCAAUGGAUUUCUUUCCAGGGUUCAACCUUGAGGGAUUUCCAAAUCGCGACAGCACCAAGUAUGCUGAGCCAUACGGAAUAGAGACGGCACACACGCUCAUCAGAGGAACACUGCGCUUUAAGGGUUUCUCGAAGGCCAUGAAUAGUUUUGUUAAACUGGGUCUAAUCGACAGCAAGCCCAGUCCCAUCCUGCAGCACACUUCAUCACCUGUUUCAUGGAAAGAACUCCUCUGUCAUCAGAUGGGUUUGCCUUCUUCCAUCUCCCACGAUGCCUAUGAACAAGCUGUAUAUGAACACAUUGGGCAGGAUGACUUCAGGAUGGACACCCUGAGAUGGUUUGGGAUGCUUAGCGAUGAGCUUGUGCCUCAUGCGGAGAGCAUUCUGACUGCUCUUGCAAAGCAUCUGGAAGCUAAGCUUUCCUUCGGUAAGGGUGAAGGAGACAUGAUCAUCAUGAGAAACGAUGUGGGCAUUCGCCAUCCAACUGGCGAGCUGGAGACCAAACACAUGAGUUUGGUGGUGUAUGGUGACCCCAUCGGCUUCUCAGCCAUGGCCAAAACUGUUGGAUACCCAGCAGCUAUUGCUGCUCGCAUGGUUCUUGAUGGUGAAAUCAGCACAAAGGGUCUGGUGGUUCCAAUGAUGAAGGAGGUCUAUGGAUCAGCACUGGCCCGGCUCAAAGAAGAAGGACUGCACUUUAUUUCGAAGAGUACCCUACAAGAGUAGAGCUCUAAACACUAAAACUAACACUAAAAGAGAGCAAAUAACUGUAAAUUCUGUUUUUUGUGCUUUUUUUGUUUUUUUAAACUCUGGGGGAAAUCAACACUGUACUCUACUUUUCAUUAAUCGACCUUUUCAGAUUCACAUGGGCAUUGUUCUGUGUGUGUGUGUGUGUGUG